GGGUUGGUAACGUUGUACGCAAUGCGUUUUGUACGCUUGCGUCAACUUGACAUUUAAGAAAAGCGGUAAAUUCAAAUAUUUAAAUAACCAUGGCAACAAAACCAAUUAAAUCUAUUAUCACAGAACAUAAUAUGUUAAUAUUAUUCAAAGUUGUCAAAGUAUACUUUUAGGGUUAGUUAAAGCUCUAUGGGUUUAAGAUGUGUUCCAAAUUAAUUGAAAAUAUAUAUGAUCAAUCAAUUUUGAAUGAAAAAAGUGCUUUUCUAACUGAAGAUGUGGAGAAAAUAGCCAAUAGAACAUUAUCAGAAAUUUCAAAUUCCCAUAAAUAUGUAAAAGAAUGUCAAAAAACCAUUAAUUUAAAAGAUGAAGAAAUUUGGAGAGUACCGAAUCCAAAAAAUAAAGUGAUGCAUGAAGUGAACGUAAAUCAUUUGAUUAUACAAGAUAUUCCGGUUUUUAAUAAAGGAAAUAAUGGUAAGAAACGUGAGACAUUAGUAAGUAGAAAGUAUUUUAUUAAAUGGAGAAAUAUUGUGAAAGGGCGCAAAAAUUUGUCUGUUUUAAAAGAACAACAAGCCAAAGAAAAACAAAAAUUAGAUAAAUUAAUUGAAAAUAUUUUAAAAACAAAGCCAAAAAUAAUGGAUGAAAAGGUUGUAAAAAAUAAGACCAAGAAGAUAAAAAAGCCAAAUGAACCCAGUUGCAUUAAAAACCGCUAUAAGGCACAACACGAUAUAAUAAAAAUGCAAAAAAAUAAAAUUGAACAGCAAGAUAAAAUAAUAAAAGAACUAAAGCUGGGAAUUAUAAGGGAAGAUCUGGAAAAAUCAGUGGGCAAUACAAACGUUGACAUACAUGAAAUUUUCCACAUGUGCUCAAAAAAUUUAAAGUUAAAAAUGCCACAUCUGCAAAAGGUUGACGAAAGAGAGAAAAUAAUGGUAAACAGCCAGAAAGCUCCAAAAUUGGUGCAUGAAAUGGAGAAAAGAGCUAUGGAAAGAUCAAUGAAAAGGGAACUUAUUCUGGAGAGAAAACGGAUUAUUGAAGAGGAGCGCCAAAGAUUACUGGAGGAAAUGUUGGAGAAAAAGGCGGCAAUCGAGGAAGAACAAUUAAAAAAGAAUUUGGAGGCAAUUAAAGAGAGGAGGAAAAAGGAAUUGGAGCUUGAGAAAAUUCGUCAGUUCAACAAAACAAUAUUUUUAGAGAAAUACGAAAAGGCUGUAAAAUUUUAUAAUGGCCGGAUAAAAAACAAGUGUUUCAAAAUAUUAUAUGACGAUUUUAGGGAAUGUAAAAGAAAGUAUUCUAUGGCUGAAAUAUUUUAUGAGAGAAAAAUUCUGAAAAUUGCUUUUAAUUCUUGGAUAUUUUUUAUUGAAGAUAAAUAUAAGAUGAAGUAUAAUAUUGCUGAGGCAAUGUUUGCUUAUAAAACAUAUAGAAAAUAUUUAGAUUUAUGGCAUAAGUAUUGUAUAGAAAUAAGAUUCAAUAUGCAAACAGCUGAAGAUUAUUGCGAUUUUCGGUUAACUUCCAAUGUUUUUUCUCAAUGGAGAAAUGUUGCAUACAAUCAAAUAAUUUUAAGAGAAAAAAGAAUGAAACUUGCUGAGGUUCAUUACAACAAGUAAGAAAAUAUAUAUUAAAGCUUUUUGGUUAAAAAAAUAAAAACCUAUUAUAUUUAAGCUUUAAUUAACAAAAAUACAUAAUUAUUUCAUUUGAUAAAUAAAAUGUUUUGCAGAAAAAACAAUAAACUGGGUGUU